AUGAAGUAUCUAAUUCUCGCACUUGCUCUUUUCGCCACAACGGCGUUCGCCCACUCGAAGCAGAGUAUGCUCGAAUCGAAUCGUGUUAUGGUUGAUGACGUUCAAGGAACCUCGUGUGAUGAGUGCGUAUUGGUUGUCAAGAAGUUUUCCGAUGCCGCUCAGGACCCAAAGAAGAUUGAGGAAUUGAAGAUUAUCUUGGGAAUGAUGUGCAGAGAAACUGCUUAUGCUGAGGAGUGCCGUCUUUUCGUUUCUCAAUUGGACAAGUUCAUCGACAAACUUCAACCAUUCUUGAAAGACGCCCGUGCCUUCUGCGCUCGCCUUCACAUCUGCGGAAACAAGAAGAUCGACGCGUUCCGCCGUAUUCUCCUCGAGUUUGCCACCCGUGCCGAGAAGGUUUACUCUGUGCCAACCAUUGUCUGUGACGAGUGUGAAUUCGUUGUCAAGGAGUUGAAGACCGUUGUUGAGGACAAGAAGAGCCAAGCCGAAGCCCGUGAUUUCCUUCGUGAGAACGUGUGCAAGAGUCUCGGACAGUACAGAGGAUUCUGCGAUCUUGUUGUUGACGAGUACCUUCCACAAUUCAUCCAAGAGCUCGACGCCAUUCUUGCCGACCCACACCAGGUCUGCGUUGACAUCAAGGCCUGCUCCGCCGGACAAGGAUUCAAGGCUCGCAAAUAUGUCGAGGCUACCGAUGAGGAGAAAGAAAAGGUUGAGGAUGAAGUGGAUACAUUCUGGAAUGGGUUAACGAUGAAGAAUAACAAGGGACAGAUUCUCGCGAUGUCGUGUUUCGAGUGUAAAUUUGUUGUCGACUCGAUGCAAGAGGAUAUGAUUGGAAACAGGCAAAAGCUAUCCAACGACGUGCGUGAUUUCGCGUGUUACAAGAUUGUUCCUGGAAACAUGACUGCAUCGUGCAUCAAUUUCUUGGACCUCUACUUGCCAACUGUCAUUCAAAUGACCAUAGAACAAGUCACUGCUGAAGGUGUUUGUGAGGCGAAUAAGUGCUGUCCAAAGGAUUCUGUCGAUGCCCUCCGUGCCUUCUCCUAUCAAGAGAUUCAAUCCGAGAAGUGUUCGACUAUGAAUCAAUUGGAGAGCUACAUGACAUCGAACCUCGUCGGAAGUGUGAUGGAGAAGUACUUCGAGAAUUCAUUGACUGAAAAUAUCUGCUCUCAUUCAAUCUCUUUCUUCCAACCAACUUGUCAACAACUCAUGUCCUCCGUCGCUCCAAGACUCGUCAGUUUGACCGCCGUCUUGGCUAAGGAGAACAAGUUCAGCCAGGCUCUCAACUGCUAA